ACGCGCGUAAAGUGUCUCCCUUCAUUCAUCGUCAGCUUCCUGGAGCCAUUUUCAGAGCUUGGGGCUGUUUUAAGGACUUUUAAAUCUUUCGCAUCUGCCCCUCCCCACGUACCAUAUCCUCUGGUGACCGAACACACGGCGACCGGGGUCUGUCUCUUCCCGGGAUCAGGGGGUAUUUUAUUCUUUUUCAGGGUGGGCGAGCGAGUAAGAUUAAAAAUAACUUAUUGACAGAGGGAAAGGUCUGAACGGACAGACCGUUCCAAAGUCGCAAAAUAUGCGGAAAGGAAUCCAAGCAGCUCCGGGGAGAACCUCGGCCGGAGUUGGGGGUUCACCAGCGGCAAGCGGGGUCUUUGCCGUUCUCUCCGGGCACAGCAGCCUACAGGAGCGGGCAGCGGGGAAUAGCAUCGGUGCCGGCGGCCUUGGGGUCCGGGUCUUGCCGCAAGCGGCAGCCGAUGGCUACUCCAGUCCUCGCGGUUCGGCGAGCAGAACGGGAUUGGCACCGUCUACUCCGGGAAGGACUCCGGCAAAGAGGAGACUGGAGUUGGAAGAAAGUGAUCACCAGUACCUGGCUACUGAUGUUUGUACUCCAAAAGGAAAAGGAAGGGUUGCAAUGAGAAGCUCAAAUAGUCCAAAAACUCCCAAGUCUCCAUCAGAGAAAACGCGCUACAACACUUCACUGGUUCCGCUCACAAAGAAUGUUGUUCAGCUCUUGAGCCAGUCUUCUGAUGGAGUGUUGGACUUAAACCGAGCAGCAGAGGUCUUAAAUGUGCCAAAGCGAAGGAUUUAUGACAUCACAAAUGUGUUGGAGGGUAUUCAUCUCAUUGAGAAGAAAUCCAAAAAUAAUGUUCAAUGGAUGGGCUGCAGCCUGAUGGACAAUGAUGGUAUGCUGAAGCGAUGCCAGGGUCUGAACCGGGAAGUGGCUGAGCUUAAACUGAAAGAGAAGAGGUUGGAUGACUUGAUCCAGAGCUGUGCAUUGGACCUCAAAAAGCUAACAGAAGACUCCGAAAACCAAAGAUUAAAUUAUGUGACUUAUCAGGACAUCCGAAAGAUCCAAAGUUUCAAAGGCCAGGUGGUAGUAGCUGUGAAAGCCCCUCCUGAAACCAGGCUGGAAGUAUCUGAUCCCUAUGAUAAUUUCCAGAUACACUUACUAAGUUCUAAAGGCCCUAUUGAGGUUUAUUUGUGUCCGGAUGAUGCUGGAACAUCUAAUAGCCCAUUGAAGGCUGCCAGUCAGGAACAUUGUAGGAGUAUUUCCCAGUCACAUGUCCGUGAUUUUGAUAUUUCAAACGGUAGUCAGCAUGGUGACAGUUCUGGUUUACACUUUUCACCUUUGACCUCAUUGAACAGUAUUCUGCAACAAACUGAAGAUCAGAUUUCAUGGCCAAUGGAAGAAGAAGGACUGUUUGUAAAUCUGUCUCCAUCAGUUGCACAGCAAGAGUACAUACUGAGCAUUGGUGAUAAAGCAGGAAUCAGUGAUUUGUUUGACUGUGACGUUGAUGGGCUUUUCCCACUAGAAGAUUUUUAUAUGACCAAUUAAGUGUUUUCUUUUUUGAAGUAUUGAAUAGCUGCUGCCCGUGAUGGACCUAGAAACAGAAUGUAAGUUUGGUUGCUGGUGAGUGAUGAAAUGAAAUAUGUACCAGUUACAGGAAUAGUAAUAGAGUUUUUUUUGCCAGUAAAACCACAGCCAGUUGUAUUGACCUUAAUCUCUAUUGGCUACCAGCAACUGAGGUGUUGUCUGCUGGUAUUUUAAAUAAAUUAUGUAUUAGCAUGAAAUGAAAUGUCACUAUUGAUUACCAUACCCAUCUAAUAAUGGAGUUUUUAUGUUGGCUUUCUGCAUGUAUGACAGAAAAAUUUGUGUUCAAAUUAUUUCAAGACCUAGCAACCUUUUUAUGACAAGUCUUCCAAGGUGAACUUACCAGCUGUGGAAAUGUUCUUGACGGUCUGAGGUGUGUGAUACUGUUGCAUUUGGCCUUUCCUGGAAGAAUAGGCUGUUGCUAUGUUGACAGUCAUUUGUGUUGUACUGUGGUUAAGUUGAAUGUGGCAAUUUCAGUACAUGUUGAUUGGUUUGGUUAUCUUUGAGAGAAUGGCAGGGGGGUGGGGUGAAGCCUUACAAAGGGUGCAGAUGAAAGUUCAAAAAGAACUGUAGAUAUGAUUUCUUGUUUACAAUAAGGACUGAAUUUUGGUUUGUUUUUUAGAAAAAGUCUUGGCAGCAACUGCCAAGUUAAUGAGUACAGCUGGGUUUUUCCAUGCAUUUUCCUUUCUUCCAUUGCAUGUUGUGAAUGGAAUGAGAGAUCCAAGGUUAAUUCUAGCCGCUGCUUCCUAAUUUUGGAUAGUGCUCCUUGGCUUAUUGCUGAUGUUUGGCUUGUGGGGGAUAUACUUAAUAUUCUGUUAUUGCAUUUCAGACUGCGAGAGGGGUACGAAUCUAAAACAACACCAUUUUGAUGCGAAGGAUUAUUUUGCACACUUUUUGUAUUUCAUAAUACUUUGCUAUUGCACACUUGGAUUAAGUUGGACUAGAUACGUGGAAGAUAUGUAUUAAAUGUCAGCACAACAUUGUGUGUUAUGUGAAGUUGUGUAAUUAGCACUAGCUUUUGCAGAACAUGAACGUGCAGCCCAAUAGUUUCCUGAAAUGUCUUUGGGAAACUUGUUCCAAGCAAUAGUAGUUGGGAAUGCUACAUCUUAGUUCUAUAAUUUUUAUUAAAGAUCAGAACAUUUAAAGUAAUGGGACAUGUAGAUGAUGAGUGGUGAUAGUGAAUGGAGGAAUACCCACAGUAACUUGCUUGUUGAGUCCACUGUCUGAUGUAGAAAUAUGCCAUGAAGACCAGUUACGUGCUUUAGUUGAUGUCACUAGGGCAGCAACCUCCUUGGCUAGGGAAGAGAUAAUUUGAUUGUAAAUCCUCCUACUGACAACCAGCCAAUAGCUAGUGAUAUAAAUAUCUUGAUACAAGUGCAGGAUUGAAAUCCAUUUUGGUGCCUCUUUGUGAUCAAACACACGAGUUCAACAAUUGUUUUGUAGUAGCCAGUUGAAUGAGAUACCAAGCCUGACUGAUAUCACUGCAACAGUUAGCCUUAGUAUAAAUGAAUGCUGUGAGGUAAGGAGAGCUUAAAGUCAAAUCGACCAUCUGAGAAUUUUUGCGAUGCUUUGUGUUGAGAAAUUCUGCUUAGCUCCUUUUGUCAAUCAGCUUCUAGUAGAGGUUAAUGUAAUAUAAAGGUAAUGUGUUCCAUUAUCUUUGAGAUCUUAUCUUAAUUGCAUCUACUAUGCUGCAGGAGUCCCUUGUUACUGGUUUGGGAGUUGCUGCUUCUGAUCACUAUUCAAUAUUACCUGAAAUUAAACUCUUAAUUUGACCCCUAACCUUGUGGAAGGUGACUUCAAGUAGUUUAGUUUCCAGUUUCAGAAAUUUAAUUUUUAAGUUAUAGCAAGCUUUAGAAUUGGUUGCGUGGUGCCAAUAUGAUAGUUGUUCAGGGAACACGCCUCACUUAAGUUUGUUCCAUGUGACCUUUGUGUAUUAUCUCCAUGAACUUGCAUUUUCUUUCAAAUUUCUCACAUGGCUAGAUGUUUAAAAUAUUGAUCAACUUCAGGAUGGAUUAUCCAAAAAUGGUUAAGAAUAAAGAUGUAAAUACAACCAAAGUUAAUUUAAUUUCUUUAACAUGGUUGUUAAAGUGUGAUACACUCAAGUUGUGAUUGACUCUAAAGCUACAGAUUAACUAAAUGAUUGAAAGAUGGUGUGACAUCGCUAUGACUGUAUGCAGAAUCAAAGCGUUCUUGAGUGCUUUGAGCAUUUGUCAAAUUAAUGAUACAGAUUCUUACAGAUGAAAGUACUCCUGUUUAUGUAUGUCAAUAACUGAACUGAAUGGACAGUGAAUAUAUGGACUACUCUUUCAAGACUAUUGGAUUUCAUACAUCCAUUAUCAGGUCCUCCUUCUCCACCACCACCCCCCCAAAAAAAAACUAUUUUAAAUGGAAUAAUUAUUUUCUAUUCACCUCACACCAUGUUAAUUCAGGCAUAUUUCUGUCAUCCAGUUGAAGUGCACAACUUGUUUUUACUGAGCAGCAUACAUGCAAUCGUAAUCUUCUAAUUAUUUGAAUUGUUCCCAUGUCAGCAAACUCAGCCCCUGACCAGUCUGCCUCAUUGAUCAUUUUGGCUGAGAUUUCAGACCACACUUGCUGGAUAAUUGUCAGAGCUUCAGUCGUGAAGCAACUUUCGGGUUAUAAUUUCAUUCCACUACUAUUCUUGCUUUACGGAAGCAUUUGGUUGUUUGUAAGCUCAAUGCAGCAGCUGUGAGCACUCUUCUCUGAGGCCUUUUGAAUCUGGUUAAUACAAACAAAAUCUGCUGUGUCACUCUGCCACAAUGACCAGCAUUGCUGGAGUCCUGCACAUUUGGUACAUCAUUGUUGUCAUUGUACCUUGUAAGAUGCAGGUAAAUGCAGGUACCAAUUUUGGCUUACCUUCUCCUUAGACUGUAAACAAGAGGCCUAUUUACACAUCUACUUCAAUCAUCAUUAAACUUUUGUUUUUUGAGAAAAAUGUAUUGUUCCAAUAUCAUUUUAGUUAUAAAAUGCCUCCUUUUUAAAUAGAAAAGUGUCCAGACUUUGUAUUGUUGGCUUACUUUUCAGUUGGUUGUUGCUCUUGAAGUUGUCUAUUUACCAGCUGCAAAAAUAUGUACUGAAAGAUCAAAAUCUGUGCUGGGUCUGUGUAAAGGAAUUGACAAAUGCACAUGAGAUAACAAGGUGUAGAGCUGGAUGAACACAGCAGGCCAAGCAGCAUCAGAGGAGCAGGAAGGCUGACGUUUUGGGCCUAGACCCUCCUUCAGAAAUUAUGAAAAAAAAUUACCUAUUAUCUAUUUAAAGAGACUUUGCGAUCUUUGGCUGUGUUCAUUAUUCUGUUUUUUUUCGACAACAUGGUUAUGCACCAAUGCAUUUUCUUGGUUUUCCCAAACUUAAAUGGACACUGCCAUCAAACUUUGUAAAGACUUGUAAAGGUUUUGUCACCUGCAUUUGUAACUAGUUUUUUAAAUGAAAUACUAUUUAACCGUAGAGCUGGAUGCCUGUUUAAAAAAAUGUACAUAGUGUAUAUGAAAGAUAUGUGCAAAGCACAUUAAACCUGCUAAGUGCCAGCAUAAUUCUGAAUUGUGAUGGUACUUUAGAAAUGUUAAAAUUUGUGGGAAAGCUUCCCUUGAAUUUAUAAUGUUUAAACUGGAACGUAAAUAAAAUUUGAAUUUAAAUGUU